AUGGAAGAGGCGUCUGAAAGAAGAGAGUAUUACAGCAUGGAAGAUCCUGUCUGCUGUGGCCACUGUCUAUUUCAAAUUCUCUUAAGGUCGGGGAUCAUUUCAGUUCUGUUUAUUUUCUCAAAAAGUGCCCAACAGGUGCUCAGAGAUUGUUUGCAGUGGAAUAUAAUGAAUUGUCCUGAAAGUCUUUGUGCUGUAGCAGAAGUAAAACUUCGUGAUGACCAGUAUACACUGGAACACAUGCAUGCUUUUGGAAUGUUUAACUAUCUACACUGUGACUCCUGGUAUAAAGAUAGUGUCUACUACAUUGACAGCCUGGGAAGAAUUAUGAACCUAGCAGUGAUGCUGGAUACUGCUUUAGGAAAACCACGGGAGGUUUUUCGACUUCCUACAGAUUUGACAGUGUAUGACAGUCGCCUUUGUGCAUCUGUUCAUUUCACAUCUCCUACCUGGGUCACCUUGUCAGAUGGAACUGGGCGAUUAUAUCUCAUUGAGACAGGUGAACGUGGAAAUAGUGCUUCAGAAAAAUGGGAGAUAAUAUUUAAUGAAGAACUUGGUGACCCUUUUAUCAUAAUUCACAGCAUAUCAUUGCUGAAAGCUGAAGAACAUUCAAUAGCCACUCUACUUCUCCGAAUAGAGAAAGAGGAGCUGAGUAUGAAAGGAAGUGGUUUCUAUGUUUCCCUAGAGUGGGUCACAAUCAGUCAAAAAGAUGAAGAUAGUAAAAAGUAUGAAAUUACUAGGCGUGAUAUACUCCGUGGAAAAUCAGUGCCACAUUAUGCUGCUAUUGAGUCUGAUGGGAAAGGUCUUAUGAUUGUCUCCUGCAAGUCCUUUGCAUUUGUUCAAGUUGGUCAAGAUCUUAAAGAAAAUACAGAUGAGAUCAAGUCAGAGACAAUAAAAGAACCUCUAUAUUACUGGCAACAGACUGAAGAGGAUGUGACAGUAACAACACGGCUUCCAGAAGACAGUGUUAUGGAGGAUAUUCAAAUACAGUUUUUGCCCGAUCAUAUCAACAUUGUGGUGAAGGGUCAGACGGUUUUGGAAGGAAGCCUCUAUUCAGCUAUUGAUAAUGAAAGCAGUACGUGGAUAAUUAAAGAGAAUAAUAGCUUAGAGAUUUCUUUGAUUAAGAAGAAUGAAGGAUUGACAUGGGCAGAACUAGUAAUUGGCGAUAAACAAGGAGUAUUUAUAAGAGAUUCAGCCCAGUGUGCUGCGAUUGCUGAACGCCUGAUGCACUUGACCUCUGAAGAACUGAAUCCAAAUCCAGAUAAAGAAAAGCCUCCUUGUAAUGCUCAGGAAUUAGAAGAAUGUGAUAUUUUCUUUGAUGAGACCUCCAGUCUAUGCAGAUUUGAUGGCAGUACAUUAAAGACUACUCACGUGGUGAACCUUGGAAGCAACCAGUAUCUUUUCUCUGUGAUAGUGGAUCCUAAAGAAAUGCCCUGCUUCUGUUUACGCCAUGAUGUCGAUGCCCUACUCUGGCAACCACACUCUAGCAAACAAGAGGACAUAUGGGAGCACGUUGCAACAUUCAAUGCUUUAGGCUAUGUCCAAGCAUCAAAAAGAGACAAAAAAUUUUUUGCCUGUGCUCCAAAUUACUCUUACGCAGCCCUUUGCGAGUGCCUUCGUCGGGUGUUCAUCUACCGCCAGCCUACUCCCAUGUCCACGGUACUCUACAACAGAAAGGAGGGCCGGCAAGUAGGCCAGGUUGCUAAGCAGCAAGUAGCAAGCUUAGAAACCAACGAUCCUAUUUUAGGCUUUCAAGCAACAAAUGAGAGAUUAUUUGUUCUUACUACUAAAACCCUCUUUUUAAUAAAGGUAAAUACAGAGAAUUAAUCACUCCACCAUGCUGACUUAUCUACGCUGGAAAAUUAUUCAGUAGUUGCUAGAAGACUGGGAAGUUAUUCUGUCACCGAUUAAAACAGCGUGUUAAAUAUAAAUUAUCUUACAUGAACUUUUUUUAUUUUAAAAGAAAAGUGGAAAUAUAUCCAAGAAAUUAUGAUUCAACAAAAACUAUGAAAUGAAGCUGUAAAUCUAGAGGAAACUAGCUUCUGUAAAAACGUAAAGAUAUUAUUGGCAAGGUUUUGUUUUUUUAAAAACAAGCUAGAAUUUCAUCAUUCAUAUGAAAGAUGUACAACUCACUGUUUAAAAAUAAAAAAUAAUUACUGUG